AUGGCCCCCUCCCGGACCUACACCACCGCAACCGAUCACGACCAAUGCCUCUCUUCCGUCUCUCGAAGGCGUACCAACGGUACCAACGGCACAAACGGUAACCCCCCUCCUCCCCCCUCCUCAUCCUCCUCAUCCACCUCAAACUUGUUCACUUCUAGUAGCCCCAACGACCCCUUCACCACCUCUUCUACCACCACCAAUACCACCAACGGCACCACCAACGGCACCAACAACGCCACCAACAACGCCACCGGCACCAGCACUCUAGGCGGCAUCCUAGUAACCACCACCACAACCACCACCACGCGCAACGCCAACUCCCCUCUGACACCCAUCCCACACGGUCCGGUAAUCACUGGGCCCAGUCCCAGUCCCUUAAGUCUGGGGUCACCUGCCUUGCAACCGAUGUCGCCUACCAGAAGUUCAACGCACCAUGGCCGAUCAUCACGUGGAAUCGCUAGGGGUAGAGGUCAUGGAGUUAUUGCGUACAGCGGAUAUGCUGGUUUUUCGGAUGGCUCUACGAAUGGGGUCAAUGGCGUUCAUGGAUCUCAGGGCGGUCACAGCCCUCGUGGCUCUCGUGGCUCCUCUAAUGUCGUCAACGGCGUCAAUGGCGUCAACAACCCUAAUUACAGUUCCAACGGCGGCAGAAGGCCAGGGGAAACCGCAAGUGAAAGAGCAACAGCAAUAGCCCCCCCAUCCUACUCCAUCUACACUCAACGAGCCAUGGCUGCUGCUGCUGCUGCUGCUGCCGCUGCAGGUCGCGGUACAGGUACAGGUAGAGGUGGACCAGGACCAGGACCAAGUAACAACGUAGCGCCCCCCGUCGUUUCGUUCGAGUUCCGGUUCAAGGUUGAGUUUGAGUUUGAGUUCUGGUGGUGA